AUGGUCACCUGCGGGCUCGCGGACGCCGAAGACGCGUCGAUCGCGUGCCCGCACCAGUGCGAGCGCAGGCACCUCGCCGCGCACGAGGAGACGUGCGAGUUUCGCGCGAUCGAGUGCGAGCGCUGCGACGCGCGGAUCAGCGCGAGGCGCGCGAGGGAUCACGCGCGGGUCUGCCCGAAGCGCGCGGAGCGGUGCGACGGCUGCGGCGUCGAGAUCGCGGCGUCGAAGAUGGAGACGCAUCAGAAGUACCACUGCGGCGCGGACACGCUCGCGUGCGAGUACGCGCCGUACGGCUGCGCGGAGUGCGGAUCGCGAGAGGAGCUCGCGGCGCACGUCCGCGAGGACGCGUCGAGACAUUUGCGGCUCGUGAUGUUGCGUUUGGACGCGACGGCGGCGGAGUUUAAGGCGUACGAGAACGAAGUCGUCGGAGUGAAGGCGGCGAUGACGGAGCACGUGCGCGUCGGCGCCGCGGACGUCGAGGCCGUCGGCGCGGAGGUUCGGAGGAUAGACGAGACCGCGACCGCGGAGAUCGACGCGCUCAGGGAGGGUUUGGGGGAGUUGCGGGCGUUUUACGAGGAGGAGGUGGAUCGGUUGGAGAAGCAAGCGGAGCGGGCGAAGGCGUUCAACGACGCGCGCGUGAAGGAUUUGGAGAGCGAAAACGCCGCGCUUCGGGCAGUUUUAGAGAGCAAAAUGCCGCGCGAGGAGUGCGACGCGUUCGUCCAGGAGAUGACCGAGGCGAAAGAGAACGCGACGGCGGAGACGACGCGCGUGAACGAAGCGGUGGAGACGCACGUCGAGCGGUGGAAGCGCGACGCGAAAAAAGUGCGAGACGAGGCGUCGACGGCGACGCGCGAGUGCGCGGACGCCGUAGCCGAUUUGAAACGACGCGUCGACGGCUUGGACGCGAGCGACCAGCACAGGUUCGAGCGCGCGUGGGAGAGCGUGCAGAAGACGCACGACGCGUUCGCGGCGGAGAUUCUGGACGUCGGCCGCUCGCAGCGCGCGCUCGAGGAGAGAUGGCGAGAGUCCAACGCGUCGCUCCGCGGCGACGUCAGAGCGCGGCGGUCGGUCCUCCGCCCGGACGCGAAGGCGCCGUUGGAGCCCGCGAACGCGCGCGAGGAGAAAGCGCGCGUCCGCCGCCCGACCGAGAUCGGGACGGCGCGAGACGAGGGCGCGCUGUCCAAGUUCAGAGCGCAGGGCGCGGCGAAACUUCUCUUCGGCUCGGGCGCGAAGCUCGGCGGGAAGCCGGCGUCGCGCGGAGAGGAGAACGUCGGAGGACGCGGGACGGCGCCGGGCGGAAGCGCGAGGCGCGGCGGCGGCGGCGGCGGGCCGACCGCGUUUCGAUGACGCGACGGACGCGAUAUCUUCUGUAGCGUAUUAGUCUAUCGCACGACCCUCCUCG